ACAUGGCGGAUGUUUUGAAACAAGUUUGGACAGCACCUGACUGUUUUGUUUAUUGAUGUUAAAGCAUGGAGUUCGAGUGAAAUACACUAAAUCAACGAUUGUCACAAAACAUGGAGGGCGGAAAUAUUUUACGACAGGACAUAAAUUUUCAGGGAUUGUUUAAGAAACUCGGUCAUGAUUUGGAAGAAAUUCGUGUUCGAGCACUUGCUAAUCUGCUCUCCAAACUAGAACACAAACUGGUGUGUGAGGCAGAUCUGAUUAACGAGAGACAUCUCCUCAUCAGACUGAUUGAAUGGUUCAACUUCCCCAGCAGUACCAAACACAAGGAUGUCCUAUUUCUUUUACAAAAACUGUCACAGCACACUGCUGCUGCAGAGAUUCUUCAGGAUAUCGGUGCUAUAGAGUUUCUGGGAAAGCUGAGGUCUGAUGUGGCUAGCUCAUUACAGCCAGUGAUUGACCAGGUGCUGGAGAACACCAUGAGGUUACCAGAGACAAGAACAGAAGACCAUACACCUCAGUGUUUCUACCAUAGACAUGCAGAGGAAACAGAAUCUGUCCAACAACAUGUAAUGUCAGGCUGGGAUUCUAUGGGAUCACAAACAACAAGCUCUUCUGUCCAGCCACCGCCGAUCCCAGAUACUCCGCAUAUAGUGAGUGGACGAGACAUGGGCAUGGGCUACUUCCAGCAUCAGCAGCAACAGCAGCAGCAGCAGCAGCCUCCUGUUUCUGUCCAGCUACUGCAGCAGAACUCAGAGGUCGGCACUCAAGAAGGAACCGAGAGUUUCCAGCUCUCAGCGUUCCCCUGGCUGGCCCUCACACCAACAGAUAGACAUGUCAUACAGUCGACAAACUCAUCUCUACAGAGUCGAGAGCCCCAUCUCUUGGCAAGCUCCUGUGAAUUCCUCAGUGAUGUUGUGUUCCAGGACUUCCCUGCGGAAAUAUUUCUCCAGAGGCCAAAUAUUGUGAAAAACUUAUUAUCGAUUCUUGGAAGUCCAUCAAAUUCAAACACGAACCUGACAAUUAGUGCAGCACGCACUCUGGGUGACUUGGCAUUUUCUUUGAAAGCAAGAAUGCGAUAUUACCAAGAUCCUACAUUGUGCACACCAAAACAAGAGUUUACAUCCUCCUCCUCCUCUCCGUUUUCUGCUUCACCAAGUACAGAAUCGAACACUUCCACUCCUUCUGAUCAUGAACCUCGUCCAUCAGCGAUUGGUGUGACUGACACCCGUCACCGUGGUGAUGGCAGAGAUGGAGAUACAUCUACCUCCUCCAGCAGCUCACGAGCGUCCAGUAUUGGCCUUGGUCCCGACAUGACAACGACCCGUGAGGAGACGGACAUUGAGGACGCUCCUGCUUUACAGUUUGUGCAGCUCACCCUACCACAGUUCUGUGCCGUGGUGUUGGAGAAGGCUCUACCAUUGUUACAGACAGGCGAGGAGAAUGUGGUCAUUCACCUGUUGUACCUGCUGAGAGAGACAUUUGGUAUCUUGGUGUCUGUUGUCAGUCCCAGUGUCUGGACCGACACCAGUCCAGCUGCUAGAGAAAUUGUAGAGAAGUUGACAGGGUGCCUGAGUGUCAUAGCAGAGCUGAUGAAUUACCAUCACUAUGGCAACAGUGACCAUGACAACAACAAAUCGGGAUUGAUUCCUCACCGAUUGGCGUACAUUGGUGUCUGCGGCUUUUUAAAUCAGCUUCUCAAAAAUCUUGUCCCCUUCCAAAAGGCCCGAAGUUUACUACCGGAGAACCUGGUGAAGGCGGUGACAGUGGUAGUGUAUGAUGAGAGUCUGUCCCACAGUUACCCUGAGAUACAGAUCACACUGCUGACCGUGCUACAGCUGCUGGACAAGGACCGUUACCAGGUGUACGUGGACACUGCCAAGGUCGCCCAGUCCAUGCACAAGUCCUGUAAAUUCCUGAUGCUGUGUCAACAGGAGGCCUACAAGGGGAGCGUAGAGCUGGCCACGUUGGCUGAAGCGUCGUUACUGAGUCUCCAGUAUCACCUACACCUGCCUCUCGUCUCCGAGUUUGUCAAACUCACUUCAUCUGUAUGUGCAAGGCACUCAGGCGACCAGGACCUUCAAGGACACUGUAGACAGGUGUUACUGAAAUACCUGUCUUAUCCACUGGUACAGGUGCGACAACAGGCCUACAACACAGUAUUACAGAUUGUAAAGGGAUCUGUUAGUGUGAGUGAAGCGUCGGACCCGAGUUCUGAGGCGUGUCUGCUGGGCCGUUUCCUGUUUGAUACGGACGUCCUGUAUCAGAUCAUGGUGUUUGGCCUGGACGACAAGGAUAUCAAGGUUGCAAAGACAGCAGCUGACCUGUUGUGCCACCUGCUGGACAGUCCGCUUAUGAUGACCUCACAGAUGUGGCAAGAGUUCAUGGACAGCCUGCUCCGGCCACUUCCUGUCCUCCAGUCCUACAGUGACCUUGAGACGAGGCUUGGGAAAUGUGUGCUGGCGAUGUCUGACCCACAGAUGUCAAAGGGUCCGAGUUCCCUCUCCUCUCUGGAGAAACUCAGGGCCACACUCAGACACAUGUUCUCCUCCGACGUCAGGACCCGUGCAGAGGCCCUGAAGCGUGUUGCCUGGUUUCUGUCAAAUGAGAAGGGCAGUACAACAAAACUUCCAGUGUUCUCUGAUCUUGACGUGACAAACUUAACCAACAUUUUUGUGAUGGAGACACCACGUUCCAUAGAUGAUGAUCUCGGCAGAUCUGUAUUCCAGAUUGAUGGUCUGAGGAAGGUGAACGACAUAUUUAAGUCGAUGUCAGUAGAUCCUGGAGUAAAGAAGUCGGCAGCAGAUCAACUGGCCAUCAUACUUCAGGAUCACAAUUUGCACUCAGCAUUCAAAAGAGACAGAGGAUUGGAAAGUGUACUGGAGCACCUAAAGUUAGCCAUAUUACGGGACCAGGGACCUAGUAAGAUUGACUCCCUGCCGUACCUGAAUGCCUGUGUGACUAUACUUAGGUACCUUGUCCACCACGACUAUACACUCAGACACCGACUAGCUUCAGAUGAGGAAAUAUACACCUGCUUGAUAAGAGCGGCCUUUAUACACCAGAGAGAUGAGAGGACAUGUUACGAGGCAGCUCACACUCUCACUCUCCUCCUGUUUGAUGAGGUGGCCAAGUUUGACAUGGGAGGAGGACAAAAUCCUGUUGUGACAUUUUCAAUACCAGAAGUUUUGAAGAAAAGAUACCGUCUGCCCUUCCGGCCCGUCUGUCACCAUAAAACAAGCCCCCACCAAGGCCCCUCAGCCCCUGAGCCAGAUCCCCUGGAGAACGGACCUCCUGAUGAGAUGUUGAAGGUUGUGUGGAAUGUAGCCUGGCACGGAGGGAUGGACAAACUUCUGUCCCACCUCAAACUGCUCAAGGCUAAACAGGACAAGUUUACAGAAUUUUCGGUUAAGUUACACCUGAGCUGUUCUGACCGAGUGAUUAUCCAGGCCACACACCUACGCCAGGGCAUGCAGGAGGCUGUGUUUGAUAUCAGCAAUGCCACUUCCCACAAAGGGGUCAGUGCAGCACUCAACCGGCUCCUUACCUACCUCGUCACGGCUCAAGGUCACCCAGGGGUCGAAGAUGUAUUUAAUCUGGAUUGGUUCACCACCAUUGGCAGGUUUCUGAAGGUGACCCCAUCCCUGACGGCAGACGAGUCCCUGUUACAAGAGGUGCUCAAAUUCAUUUGCAUAGCUCUAAAAUUGACCAAUGGUGUGCCAGAUAACACACUACAAUGGCUGGGGGAGAUGUUGUACCAACCAUCGGGCACUUUGAUUGGUCUGCUUCACAGAGCAUCAGUGAAGGGAGAAGCCAGGGAUGUUCCAGAAAAUGUUAACAUAAAGAGGACACUGGACAAGGAGCUAUUGUCUUUUAUAGCAAUGUACAAUAGUAAACUUCCUUACCUGCUGUGUAGAAGACUGAAGAUCCAGCAGUUAAGAGGCGACCUCUCCCAUCAGCUGACCCAGCGGCUCAAUGUGACUGAUGCCCCUCACUUCUACAAUCUAGCCUCCCUUGAGGGAACUCUCCAGUGUCUGAUGCACAUCACAGCCAGACCAGGCUGGAGUCAUGAGAGUACAGAGCUAGACAGUGGGGCACUUUGUUCCCAGGUGCUCCACUGUUUACUGGAGGUCGUGUCAGCCUUCCACAUAGGGCGUGGAGGGACAUCAAUGUCCUACAUGGGGAAGGGUGUCACCAAGUCAGCCACACUGUGUCUGCGACACCUCGCACAUGAGAUGGCCACAUACUCAGACGACAAGAACUGGGCAAGGCAGUGGUCCCACAUGCAGCAGAAGUCUGAUGCAUCCCGCAGUGUAUUGACAGGGGACUCCGGCCUGAUCUGGAUGUUAACACUGUGGGCCUACAGAGACCCUGAGGUGAGGGCUGCUGGCCUUGGGAUAGCUGUUGCCUUGACAUCUACAGAACCAGGUCGUAUCGUCAUGACCUCCCACUGUAAACAUAUCCCAGGAGGCAUCUGGGGAGCAGCGUUCAGUGUUUUGCUGGAUCAAGCAGAAUGCAGCAUGGUUCGUCAGCAGGCAGCAUUACUACUGGUGAACAUGACAUCACAGACGAUGCCAUGUGGCAGUGUGGAGCUAGAACAGAACGUGUGGCAGGGUCCUAUUGUUACAGAUACUGAGUUUGAGGUGUCUCUGGUCGGCCUGACUGCCUUGUUGGCUCUACUUCACCACAGCCAAUUUUACCAGGAGAUGCUUGUCCUGUUAUGUAACUUCUACGCCCAGCCCACCAUCCAACCGGUCAGUGUCCUGGAGGUACCGGUCGGUCAUCUCUCCUCCACAGGUUCAGACUCGACACUCUCUACUCUAGCGGAGUUUGGAACAGAUGGGCUUCAGAGUACCUCGGGGAGUAACCAGCCGAGGUCAAAGGGGAGACAACACAUCCAUCAGACGUCUAUCUCCAGUGGCAGUAAGACACGCAAUUCCACCACUGACCCUACAGGUAACAGUAGCAGCAGUACUCUGACCGGGGAACAGUUGGAGUACCAGAGUAUUGCCACGCCCUCCCUGGUGUCCUCUGUGUGUCAGUUCCUACGUAACCUGGUGAUAUUGGCACCUCAGGAUACUUUUACCUGUCUGAGGAAGGAUUCCUACAUACAGGUUCUAACCAACAUGGUGGACACAAACCUGUUGGAUGCGUACAUGACAGAGAUGGAGGAGGGGUGCUCUGACCAGCUGGAACUUGUCUUCUGUGACCUACUGCACAUGUAUGCGGCCAUCUUGGAUCUUUUGCGAGCCUGUGUGGUGUACGAUACCCCCAUCAGACAGGAAGUGUUAGCCAAUGAGGGCUUCAUCAGGUCCACAGCAGCUCUCCUCACCAUCAGGUUUGAGGGCUCUGCAGAUGUGGAUGGAUGUUGUCAGGCCCUUUGGAGCUCUGUGCUGUCUUUUCUCACUGCCCUUCUACAGCUACAGGGGGCCUCCGCCCUCCACAGCUUCACCAUGGCUGCCCACACGCUCUGGACAUCCAUGGCAGAAACAUUGCAGUCUGUGCUACAGAAGCGAUUACACCUCAACAAACACCUGUCUGACAAUUGUUUACAAUUCCUGUCGAUAUUGUUCAGUGAAGAGGGCAGACUGGUGGGGAGACAACCCCAGCUAGCAGAGGACACCAUAACCGUCACUGGUCUCCUGAAUACCCCUCUAAAGUCAGAGACGACAGAUAAAGACGAAGGGGAGGUAACUACAGGUGGCCAGCUUUGUAAGGUCUUGAUCAAUGUGUAUGAACACUCGUGUCUGAAGUCCCCUGACUACAAGCAAUCCGACCAUAUCCAUGCCGCCACUUGCCUGCGGACGCUGCUAGCCAUCUCCAGCUCUGCCAAGGACACAGCUCUCCAAUCGGGCCUGGUGGAGAGUGUCAUUGACCACGUCAAACAAACUCACGCCAAACUCAACAUGGAGUCCAUCCAGCCUGGCAAACCAAACACGAGGAAGAAGGACGACCCUCUGUUGAGUGACCUUAUCCUCACAUUUGACCUCCUGCGCAACUUCAUUUUCCAGAGCCUUGAGGCCAAGAUGGCGUGCUACUACUCCGGUCUACACAACAUCAUACACCGACUGUGGGCAUGGUGUCAACUAGACCUAGCUGUCAUGUCGUCUGCUCUCUCCCUUCUCACCACCUUCAUCGCUCACUGUCCAACAGCUACAAGUUCCCUGGCGUACACUACGACCUCAGCCUCUUCUGGAGGUCAGAAGUCACAACAGCUCAGUAAUAACUCACUUGUUCACUGCCUCAUACGUCUGACAGGGAGAGAGGGCAUCAAGGACACCACCCUCCGCACCCUCUUCUCACUCCUCGCCACCCUCACGCUAUCCUCCGAGGGCAGGAAUAUUGUGUUUAAGAGUAACUUCCUGAGGGAAUUCCUGAGUCUGAAUCCUAGAAAAAGCAAAAAAUCCAAACGUAUGCAAAACCUGGAACUGUAUUGGCUGGAGCUGCUGGUCAAUCUCUCGUUCUCUGUGGAGGGUCAGCAGAUGCUGCUCAAAACAGGAGACUGUGUAGACCUGCUGUUAGACUUUGUGGAGAGUGGUCAAGGGAAGGUCCAGGAGUGUGCCGUCCUCAUCCUCCGUAACAUGUGUUGUCACACCAGUAACAAACCCAAACUUCUCGCUAGUGACAAGCUACUUCCCCACCUGUUGGAGUGUCUGACCAGUGAUAACACACAAAUCCAGUGUGUGGCUGCCUCGGCUUUGUGGGCCCUCGUCUUCAACAACCAAAAGGCCAAAGUGAUGAUGAAGAAUGCCAAUGUGAUCCCCAAACUCCAGGAAGUAAUACACAACAUCGACAACCACUACAGACGAGAUAUGUCAGAAAAGUGUCUAGAGAACCUACAGUCCGUGGUAGCUACUGUGUCUGAAUAGUCAACUCGUGUCAACAAUCGCUAGUGAUGAGACUUGUCAGGAAAGUAAAUAGAGGACCUACAGUCUGUGGUAGAUACUGUGUCUGAAUAGUCGACUCGUGUCAACAAUCACUAGUGAUGAGCCUUGUCAGGAAAGUGAAUAGAGGACCUGUAGUCCGUGGUAGCUACUGUGUCUGAAUAGUCGACUCGUGUCAACAAUCACUAGUGACGAGACUUGUCAGGAAAGUGUCUAGAGAACCUACAGUCCGUGGUAGCUACUGUGUCUGAAUAGUCGACUCGUGUCAACAAUCACUAGUGAAGAGACUUGUCAGGAAAGUGAAUAAAAGUCUCGUCACUAGAGGACCUACAGUCCGUGGUAGCUACUGUGUCUGAAUAGUCCGACUCGUGUCAACAAUCACUAGUGACGAGACUUGUCAGGAAAGUAAAUAGAGGACCUACAGUCUGUGGUAGCUACUGUGUCUAAAUAGUCGACUCGUGUCAACAAUCACUAGUGAAGAGA